AUGAGUUGGGGUCUGUCGAGGGUUGUGUCAAAGGAUGGUCUUAUCAAAAGAAUGGGAAAAGGAUUCUGGACCUAUUUCAGUCGCAUUGGAAAGGACUACGUUACAACCUUCAGCGACACAGCUAAACAAAUCCGAGCAAAUCCCGCCAAAUUCGUUGCUGUCAUGUCAGGAGUUGGAGCAAUUGCAUCUGUCGUUGUCUCCUGCCCCCAUGAAAGAGAAUACGAAGCAGAUUUCCGUAAUGCCUCAAUCGAUCUCUAUGAUACCCCAAGAUGUCUCCAAAAUCCCCGAAGCGUCUCACAUAUCGACGAACGAGCGGCACUCAUCUCUAAAAAGAUGGUCCGACAUGCCAACUUCUUUGGACUGCUCCACAUUGUCUGGCGCGACGAUAGACCCGAAUGCUGUCGCCUCUAUUCCGAAAUUUGUCCCUACAAUCACCCAAGCUCAGGCCCAGUUAACUGCAGCAAGAACGGCCCAAUCCGAAGCUUCUUCCGCCUUUUCCUUUACGAAACGCCUACAGGAAGAUGUCCCGAUGAAGUGCAUUUCUUCGAACGAGCCAAAUACGUCCUUAACAAUCGAAUCCUCGAUAUUGGAGCCCUUGGCCAAUUCUGGUACCUCAAGUCAGCAAUGAUGGGUACGCUCUCUGAGAGUAGACACGAACCUGAUCUCCAACCAGCCUCUUCUCUACAGGAAUGCAGUACUACACCACCCCCUGUACAAAUCCCAGAUGAUAGUGAGAUGACCGAACAGUCUAACCAAGUAUCAAAUUCCAAUAAUGAAGAUGGUAACGAUAGUGACGAGUGGGAGGUUUUAGAUGAGACGCUUAUCUACGCUGAUUGUGUUGGAGCAGUUGAGUCAGAUUUGAUGGAUCAUGGAAAGUCUAUUCUUUUAGUGGAUUUAGAUUCUGACAAUCCCCUUAUCCAGGUUAGUUUGAAAUCUCGUUAUUGUUCUUGUAAACGUCCAGUUUAA